ACUCCAAACAGAGCCUUUAAUGAGCGCUGCAUAGAGGACAAACCAAGACUUAUCUCCUCACAGCAUACUCAUUCAAUAAACCGGACAACCGGACAAAAACAAAUCUGAAAGACGACCCCGGCGGAGGUUUAAAUUUGCCGCUGAACACAGCGCCGUGUGUGAUAGGACCGAGGCCCAGAAGAAAGACGCCAGCAGGUCGCGUUAGCAUCGGUGCCAUCGAGUUCACACAAUAUGCGGGAGCACAACGGCGGCCAAAACGUGACUCCCGAGUUUUUAUUCCGCACCGCCGUCUUCUCCACACCCGCAGCAUGUAAAACGGAGCGACACACCGUGAAGUGCGAAGGCUGAGGCCAAUGCGAGGCUUUUUUUGGUUUUUUUUUUGUUCGGACUGCUACAAGAAUGUGGUGCUUCGAGAACUGACAAUACCGCCGUUUUAGCCAACAACAAACGGACUAAGGGAGCUCCUCUCCAGCACAUUUCCCUCGGAUAUUAACACCGCCGUGCUCUGCUGCAUUGGCCCCGCUUUUACUCGCCGUGGAGCUUUAAAUUCAGAUCUGCCCGUUUUCGUUCGCUAAGAAGAAAGAGACUAGGCUAACGUUACAGCAGCGGGGAUAAAAAAAGGAAAACAUUUGUGUGCCUACCUCGACAUAUUGCUACCAGGGAUUUAACUAAUCACGUGUUUAAACGACGACGGGAACAUUAAGAUCUCAUCCAAAAUUAAUGUGUCGAUUUGAAGGUUGACGGAGAGCGAAAAUGAGUAAGGAAAGGCCGAAGAGAAACAUCAUUCAGAAGAAAUUUGAUGAUAAUGAUGGGAUCCCCUGGUCGGAGGAGAGAGUGGUGCGCAGAGUGCUCUACCUAUCCCUCAAAGAGUUCAAGAGAGCACAGAAGACUAAAGUUGACAAUGGCACAGGAAUUAUAAACCGUUCCUUUGUGAAUGGUCAUCUCAACGGGUCAGGAGCUAAAACAGGACUGUUCACGGGCAGCUGUAAGGCAGACAGAUCUCGGUGCGCGGCUCAGACCAACAACGACGAUAGCGAAUACUCAGGAGAAGAGCCCGUAAGAAAGAGGCCAAGGCUGCAAGCACAGAGGAAAUUUGCCCAAUCUCAGCCAAGCUCUCCCAAUGCAACUCCGGUUAAACUACUGGAGGCCAUGCCACCCAGCCCUAGCCUUCCUUUCAGUGAUCUCACCAAAUGCAAACCCAAAACAGAGGACUUCCUCACCUUCCUCUGUCUAAGAGGUUCUGCUGCGUUGCCCAGCAACAUGAAGUACUUCGGCAGUGCUCAGGAUGAAGAAGACGCAGAAGAGGAAGAAGAAGACGAAGAUGAAGAGCAAAAGGAGCCGGCGGCCUGCAGUGCCUCCACUUCCUGUCAGGCCAGUCCACGCAAGAGCAAAGCCUCAAGCAGAGUCGUCGCCAAUGGACAUGUGUUUAACGGGCAGCAGCGGACAACAGGGGAGCGGGAGAGCAGCCUGAGGGUGAGGGGGAAAGAGGGAGCCCAGGGGAGAGAGAGAGGCUCCGGAACAUCGUCCAGGGCUUCAACCACACACAACCUACGGCCCAGCAAGCCUGCAGUGGAAAACAAACAACAGCCCACUAAAGUGCAGCGACCCCAGAGAGCCACUUCUGCUAACAGCCGGAAGGCACGGAAGGAAGAUCUCCCACCUCCUCCCCUGACCAAAGCUGUGAAAUACCCCAAGGGCCACGUGACGUACACCAAAGCCAGACUGCUGAAAGAGGCCAAGCUGGACCCAAGUGCACACAGACGCCACCUGAGCUCGCAACACACCCACGCACACCUUCAGCACAUCAACUCAGGAAAAGCCCAGACUGGCCACGGCAAGACGCAAAAACAGGUGCUAUCAUCUGCGGCCAAUGGCUGCUGCCCGAGGCUGAGCGGGCUGACCAACGGCAGGCAGAGCGGGACGGACGCAUGCCCACCCAGGCGGGAUGGACUACGGCAGUCUAAAAGGCAGCUGGAGAUGGCGAAGGCGGGAGCGAAUCUGACCGAAGCAGGGGUGGAGGUGGAGGUCAAAAAGGUCAAAGUGCAGGUGGUUCCCCUGGACACACGGAGCAGGAGAGCAGCUCAGGAGACAGCAGCAGCAGGAACCCGCGGAACGACACAAGCGAUAGGAUCUCAGAGGCCCAGACGUACCUCUGCCGGGAAGCUCAUGUUCAUCAAGCAGACGCACUGUACAGCCACAACUCGGGCCAGGAGCAGCCCUACUACCUCAACCCAGAACCCCAACAGGGAUGUCCCAAAACCAGCCACAGUUCCCAAACCAGCCAAACCGCCCAGGUCCAGCGAUCCUAUUAAAAUGACCAACGAACCCAACCCGGCAAAGCCUCCCAAACCAGCAGAGCCCAAAGUGGCCCAAGAAAGAGAGCGGGGCAGGCGGGGCACUGUCCCCGAGAUGACGGAGGUUCCCGUCUUCCAUCCUGCCCCACGUGAGUUCCACGAUCCGCUGGCCUACGUGGAACUGGUGCGCCACCGGGCCGAGCCAUUCGGUCUCUUCCGUGUGGUCCCACCAGUGGGCUGGCGGCCCGAGUGCAAGCUGAAGGAAGAGAUGCGCUUCGUCUCGCAUGUGCAACACAUCCACAAGCUGGGCCGACGCUGGGGCCCUAAUGUGCUGCGGCUUGCCUGCAUCAGGAAGCACCUGCGUGCUCAGGGCAUCAACAUGGAGGAGCCGCCAUUAAUCGGGGGCUGCGAGUUGGACCUGGCCCGGUUCUCCCAGCUCCUGAACGACAUGGGGGGCAUGCAGCAGGUGACGGACCUGAAGACGUGGGGGCGACUAGCUGAUCUUUUGGGCAUCCCACGCUCGGCCCAGGAUCGGCUGGCCAAGCUCCAAGAGGCCUACUGCCAGUAUCUGCUGUCCUAUGACUCGCUGUCGCCUAGCCUGCAGGCGCAGCUGGAGAAGGAUGUGCUGGCUGAAAAGGACAGCAUGGAGAGGAAGAACGGGCCACUGGAGGGCCAAGCGGACAUCUCCCAGCAUGCUGCUCUGGUUCUGCCACGCUGUGAGCCCAAGAACGGCCUGGUGAAUGGAGCACUGCACCGGAGCGGAGUCCGUGAGCGUCUCCGUGAGCUGGACCCCAUGGCCAGGAGCAGCCGCCCAAGACGACAGGACAAGAAAGAAGAGGAGGACUGUGUGCUGAGCGAGCUGCACAAAUGCUUCUACAAGGGAAAAUCGUUCUCCCUAAUGACAUUCUACCGGGCAGCCAGGAACACCAUGAAUAUGUGCUUCAGCAGAGAGCCAAAUACAGCUGAAGUUGAGCAAGAGUACUGGAGACUGGUAGAGGAAAAAGAAUGCCAUGUCGCAGUGCAUAGUGGGCGAGUGGACACAAAGACUCACGGGAGUGGAUUUCCUGUGGGCAAGUCUGAGCCAUUUUCAAAGCAUGGAUGGAAUCUUACUGUCCUUUCCAAGAACUCAGGAUCCAUCCUGCGUCAUCUUGGUGCUGUGCCAGGAGUGACCAUCCCCUGGCUGAAUAUAGGCAUGGUCUUUUCUACCUCAUGUUGGUCCAGGGACCAGAAUAGCCUUCCAUACAUAGAUUACCUACACACUGGUGCUGAUUGCAUUUGGUACUGUAUUCCUGCCGAGGAGAAGUCAAAACUUGACAAAGUAGUACACACACUGCUGCAGGCCAACGGAACCCCAGGGCUCGAGAUGCUGGAGAAGAACAUUAUGAUCUCUCCAGAGGUGCUCCGUCGAGAAGGGGUGAAGGUGUACCGGACGGUGCAGCGGUGUGGCCAGUUCAUGGUGUGUUUCCCCGGAGCCUUCGUGUCCAAGGUGUGUUGUGGCUAUAGUGUGUCUGAGACAGUGCAUUUUGCCACACCUGAGUGGAUGAAGCUGGGCUAUGAGGCAGCGAAGGACCUGAAGAAGAGGCGCAUAGAGGAGCCGUUCUCCACAGAGAAACUGCUCUGCCAAAUUGUCACAUCAGAAUCCAAAUCAGAGAACAGAAAUCUUCUGAGUGCAGCUUCCUCUCUCAUUGUAGAUCUCAGGGACACAGAGAUGAGCCAGCGGCGGCAGCUUUUUAAGGCUGGGCUCCGGCUGUCUGCCCGUUAUGGCAUCCAGCCGGAUAACCAGUCCCCCACGGAGAGGAAGAAACCGCAGCGCACGCGGCUGACCGAGGACACGGCUGACCGACGGUGCCAGGUGUGCCAGCAUCUGUGUUACCUCUCCAUGGUGGUUCAUGAAAGCGAUAACGUGGUGUUCUGUCUGGAGUGCGCGCUGCGAUACAUCCAGAAGCGCAGGUCCCCUCGAGGUCUGAAGAUGAUGUUUCGUUACACUGAGGAGCACCUGAACAGUUUGGUGAAUCGGGUGUGCGGGAAAAAGUUGGAACGGACUGGGGAGAAGCGGAAAGCCAUCAGCCCCAGCAAACCACCACCAGCAAAACGAAGCCCCAGAAACAAGAGCUCAACCCAGGUCUCCAUGUUGCGUUCCGCCUCAAAGAACCCUUCCCGCUCUUGACCAAACUGUCAAAACCAUUCCCUCCUUCCCAAACGUCUCAAUUAGCAUUGGCCGUCCAGUCGCCCUUCGCGCGGAAUGUUCCUGCUACCUGGGUACCAACACGGUGAAGACACCAGUACGUCAGAGCAAGCGUGGCUAUUACAUGGCACUUUGUGUUAGGUAUGCGUAGUUACUAGCCGGAGUUAGCGCAACAAACUGAAUGUAUGGGACUUAAAAACGUACACACACACAAAUGUUGCAGCGUACUUAAGUAGCUAUUCUGUAAGAACACAGUCGCUAGGGACGUCAGAUUGAAGCGAGACUGGGGAGCCUGAUCACGCACGGAAAUCUUUUUUGCACUAGUUUUGAGAUUGUUUUUGUUUUUUUGUUUCUUUUUUAGAGUAUUUUUGAGUUGUUUCAGCGUUCAAUCAAAUAUAAAUAUACAUAUACAUAGAUAUGAAUAUAUCCUAUGCUGUACCUAUCGUUUGUGUUUAACUUGGUGCUGUAGUGUCACAUCUUCCAUCAGCCCUUCCAGGCUUUUUUCUCUUGGGCUCACCCAUGUUGGAUAGGUUUGUUUAUAUAUAGCAGAUACAUGUAUGAUCACCCCACUUUGAAAGAAAUAGUCCUAAUCAGGUUGGAAUACUGAUAGAUUAUAUAUAUUAUACUUUCCCCCCUUUGUAAUAUAUGAAGGAGCAUGAUAAUCAUCAUGUUCGCAUUACUUGCUGGGCGAUUUAAAGGCCUUUUAGCCGAACUCAUUUUGAAAGCACAUUCGAGGCCUUUUUCCCUCCAAAUGAUUUCUGAAACAACAGCUGAAUUAAGCUACUCUGAUUAUGAUAUCAAUAAUAAUGCGGUGAAGCCCAGAGCAAUAUUUACAGACGCAAUUAGAUAUGCUGAAGUUGUAAAGAAGCACUUUGCCAUAAAUUCUCGUUCCUCUGGCUCUGCCUUCGUGAUUGUCAUCGGUGUUACCUAGAGUAUUUUCUCCUUUACCAUAUAGAAUAUCCCCUUUAAAAGCGAAACAAAAAAAUAAGAAUAUUCUUUUGUUUACAUAGAAUAUUUAUUAUAACAUCAAAAUGUUUAACACUAAUGUUCCCAAAUAUGUUUAUAUGCCAGUAAAUUUCUUCACCUAAAAUUGAGCCUUUUGAGAGAGGGCCUAUAAGGGUUUGAAAGCCAAGAUGAAGAAAACGCCUUACUCCCCCCUGUUGGUUUCUUCGUCUGUACAAGUUAGAUGUUCACAGGGUUGCUGUUGUAACAUACGGAAAAAAAAUAAGUGCUGCUUAAUCACUGAAAAAGUAUGUAAUAGUGGUGAUCCCUAGUUUUUUAGCUUUACUUUUUUUAUUCAAAGGGAAAAAAAAAUCUUUUACCUAAAAAGUCAACCAUGUAGUAGCUAGCCAUAAUACACUGACUGUAAGUCCUGUAGUCCAACAUGGUAGUCGCCCUCUUCCAAAAAGACUGGUGUUUUAAGCAUAGUAAAAAUGAACAGUGUUUCCAAAAAAAAUGUGGUUGUAAACUUUUUUAUGGCCUUAAAAUGGUUUUUGAUCACUUCCCCCCCACCGUUUUCUACCGUAAACCUCUUGCUUGGCUUGCUUUUUAUUUAUAAGCGCUGUUUCUCAGUCCUCAAUCUAGUGGAGUUGUUUUUUGGUUACUGGCUUUUUUUUACUUUUCAGGUUUGUAUAAUUUUGUUGUAAUAAACAAAUCACUGUCAAUCCUUCCAAAAAU